UUGGGACUACAAGGGAAGCUGGCUGGUGGAGGCGGUCUUAGGCCAACCCCGCCCCACCUGUCCUUUUCCUGAAGAUCAUUAGCCUAGGGCCUCUUCCCUGUAGUGCCAUAGGCUUGGCGGGCUGGAUUGAGAAGGAAGUAGCUGAGUUUUGUGCGUUUUUUCCACACCUGGCCAGGGCCACUGUGCAUAGCUGUGCCACUGGCUCAGCCCUGCCCCCUGUGGGCCUCUGCCUGUGACUUCCCCCAUCUCUCCAGGGAGAUGCUGUCCCGUGGGUGGUUUCACCGAGACCUCAGUGGGCUGGAUGCCGAGACCCUUCUCAAGGGCCGGGGUGUCCAUGGAAGUUUCCUGGCUCGGCCCAGUCGCAAGAACCAGGGUGACUUCUCUCUUUCUGUCAGGGUGGGGGAUCAGGUGACCCAUAUUAGGAUCCAGAAUUCUGGGGAUUUCUAUGACCUGUAUGGAGGAGAGAAGUUCGCGACGUUGACAGAGCUGGUGGAGUACUACACGCAGCAGCAGGGCGUUCUGCAGGACCGCGACGGCACCAUCAUCCAUCUCAAGUACCCGCUGAACUGUUCAGACCCCACCAGUGAGAGGUGGUACCAUGGCCAUAUGUCUGGGGGGCAGGCAGAAACACUGCUGCAGGCCAAGGGUGAGCCCUGGACAUUUCUUGUGCGUGAAAGUCUCAGCCAGCCAGGAGAUUUUGUGCUGUCUGUCCUCAACGACCAGCCUAAGGCUGGCCCAGGAUCCCCUCUCAGGGUCACCCACAUCAAGGUUAUGUGUGAGGGUGGACGCUACACAGUGGGCGGUUCAGAGACCUUUGACAGCCUCACGGACUUGGUGGAGCAUUUCAAGAAGACGGGGAUUGAGGAGGCCUCAGGUGCCUUUGUCUAUCUGCGGCAGCCAUACUACGCCACGCGGGUGAAUGCAGCUGACAUUGAGAACCGGGUCUUGGAACUGAACAAGAAGAAGGAGUCUGAGGACACAGCCAAGGCUGGCUUCUGGGAGGAGUUUGAGAGUCUGCAGAAGCAGGAGGUAAAGAACUUGCACCAGCGGCUAGAGGGGCAGCGGCCAGAGAACAAGGGCAAGAACCGUUACAAGAACAUUCUCCCCUUUGACCACAGCCGAGUAAUCCUGCAGGGACGUGACAGUAACAUUCCUGGGUCAGACUACAUCAAUGCCAACUAUGUCAAGAACCAGCUGCUAGGCCCUGAUGAGAACACUAAGACUUACAUCGCCAGCCAGGGCUGUCUGGAGGCCACAGUCAAUGACUUCUGGCAGAUGGUGUGGCAAGAGAACACCCGUGUCAUAGUCAUGACCACCCGAGAGGUGGAGAAAGGCCGGAAUAAAUGUGUCCCAUACUGGCCAGAGGUGGGUACACAGCGUGUUUACGGACUCUACUCUGUGACCAACUGUGGGGAGCAUGACACAGCUGAGUACAAACUCCGUACCUUGCAGGUCUCCCCACUGGACAACGGGGACCUGGUUCGGGAGAUCUGGCACUACCAGUAUCUGAGCUGGCCUGACCAUGGGGUCCCUAGUGAGCCUGGAGGUGUCCUCAGCUUCCUGGACCAGAUCAACCAGCGGCAAGAAAGUCUGCCUCAUGCAGGACCCAUCAUCGUGCACUGCAGCGCGGGCAUUGGCCGCACAGGCACCAUCAUUGUCAUUGACAUGCUCAUGGAGAACAUCUCUACCAAGGGGCUGGACUGUGACAUUGACAUCCAGAAAACGAUCCAGAUGGUGCGGGCACAGCGCUCAGGCAUGGUGCAGACAGAGGCGCAAUACAAGUUCAUCUACGUGGCCAUCGCUCAGUUCAUCGAGACCACCAAGAAGAAGCUGGAGGUGAUGCAGUCACAGAAGGGCCAGGAAUCGGAGUAUGGGAACAUCACCUAUCCCCCGGCCAUGAAGAAUGCCCAUGCCAAAGCCUCCCGCACCUCCUCCAGACACAAGGAGGAUGUGUAUGAGAACCUGCACAGUAAGAGCAAAAAGGAGGAGAAAGUGAAGAAGCAGCGGUCAGCAGACAAGGAGAAGGGCAAGGGUUCCCUCAAGAGGAAGUGAGCUGGAUACUGUCCUGAGCAGCCAUGCCUUGGCGGGCAGCGUUGAUCCUGUAGAGGGCUCCAGUGGACCCACCCACCGCUGGAACUUUGGAUCCCCCUUUUUAUUGUAAUUUAAACGGUCAUGCCCCCCAACCCUGUAUAUAGCCCAGCAGGCUGAGCCAGGUCCUUCUACUCUUGUAAAUAAAGCUCCU